UGCCCGGGAAAUAUACAACCAGCCCGACGUCGUUUAUGGUCCAUUUGAUCAUCGUGGUUGGGUUGUGGUGUCAAGUGAAUUUACACCACAAGAGACGAUCAAGCAGCUUAUCUUCGAGCUGUCGGGCUCUGACAAACAAAAGGUGCGUGAAUUGGAGGAGUCCACCAAGGACAAGCUAUAUCUACUACAAAAGCUUAAAGAAAUGCUUCAUAAGCAAUUGGAGGGCAAAUCAUAUUUCAUAGUUCUGGAUGAUGUUUGGGAGAAGGAACAUUUGGAAUCUCUCAUCACUGCUUUCCCAGAUCAACAAGAUAAAGCAAGUAGAUUGUUGGUUACCACCCGCAACAAGAUUAUUACAAAGUAUGAUCAAUACGUCCACAAGAUGAGUCUCUUAGACUCCAAAAAAAGCUGGGAAUUGUUGUUGAAGAAGGCAUUCAUUGGCAGCACAAUUGGCAAAUGUCCAGAAGAAUUCAAGAGUGUGGGCACACAAAUCUUGCAAAAAUGUGAUGGUCUACCAUUAGCUAUCAGCGUGGUAGGAGGCUUACUCAUGGAAACACAAACCAAGAGUGGAUGGGAACAAGUUCUUAACCAAUUAAACUCUUAUUUGGGAGGGACUGAAAGCGGCGUAUCAGCAAUUUUGGAGUUGAGUUAUCAGAAUUUAUCUCCCCAAUUGAAAUCAUGCUUCUUGUGCCUAGCUUUUUUCAAAGAAGACUUUACUAUCCCAGCAAAAAGGCUAGUAAACUUAUGGGAUGCACAAGGCUUGAUCCAACAUGAAGGAAGUAGAAGUAUUGAUGAGAUAGGAAGAGGUUAUUUAAAUGAGCUGAUCAAUCGAAGCAUGGUUCAAAUUCAAGAUCUACUCGUCACUGAUCAAGUCAUAAGUUGUCACAUCCAUGAUCUUGUCCGUGACGUUUGCUUAAGAAAAGCAAAGGAGGAAAUAGGUCUGGAGAUAGUAAAGGGGGAUGGAGGGAUGUCAUCAGAAUCAUCCAAUAAGCCUCGCCAUCGUGUUGUCUAUGUCAAAAAUCUUGAGACUUCCUCGUCGAAUCAAAAUAAGCAUGUACGCUCUCUUUUCCUACUUAACGUCCAUGAUGAUUCCGAAUAUAUAACCACUCCAUCUCAUUACUGGAAGGGCUAUCAACUCCUUAAGACAGUCGAGCUUGACGCCAUUGCCUUCAAAAGAUUUCCUAACUCUUUUCGGUUAUUGAUUGGAUUGAAGUGCUUGAGAAUGUACACAAAUUAUAGAGCCGACAUAAAACUCCCAGACUGGUUUGAUCAUCUUAGAAACCUCGAGGUUGUUGACAUGGAAUCGUGUCGGGUAUAUUUUCCAAGACUAGUUUCAUUGAAAAUGGACAAUCUACGUUACUUCAUCAGCGCAGGUAUUCGCGGUGGACCGACAAAUAAAAACAUGUGGAAUAAAAAUAUUGAGUGUUUGACAGGAAUAAGUCUCAAGGAUUGGAUGAAGUCAACUCUAACGAGUAGUUGCCAUCUUCGUGAAUUAGGCAUACGGUUAGGAUGGAUAGAGCGUGAAGAGUUGAUCAAAGCGAGAGCGUCAUUGGAGAAGAUGCAGAAUCUUGUCAUACUUCACUUAAUAUGGCCGUAUGAUUAUGCUACUGACAUAGCAUUAGCUGUGCCGCAGCUCGCCAAUCUCACCGAACUUAAACUGUAUGGUGAGAUGUCCAAAUGUCCAACUGCGAGUAUGUUCCCUCCAAAUCUUUCUCACCUCACGUUGACGCAUUCCUUCUUACGUGAUGAUCCAAUGGCAGAGCUGGGUAAGCUUCCAAAGCUGCUCUUUCUCAAGAUACAGAUUGAUGCUUACAAAGGUGAAACGAUGCGAGUUUUGUGCGACGGGUUCCCCAGCCUCGAAGCCCUGGCUUUUCAAGAUUUGGAUGUGAAGAGCGUCUUCAUAGAAGAAGGUGGAAUGCCGAAGCUCAAACAUCUCCGAAUCCGUGUAUGCCCCGAUCUGAAGACUGGGAAUCUACCGCAACACAUCAACAUAUUUACUCAAUAAACUGAUCAAGUUUACUUUACUCAUCUUCUGUUAUUCUUGUGUCUAUGUGUAAUAAGAAAUGGAGUGUCUUGUGCUUGUUGAAACAUUAAUUUGUGUUCUACA